AUGGUGAUGAAGGAGAGAGAUGAAGAGCUUGCUUUGUUCCUUGAGAUGAGGAGGAGAGAGAAAGAGAAUGAGAAGAACAGUCUUCUCCUCUUUCAAAACUCUGAUGAACUUGAUUUUUCCAAUUUGGAAUCCAAUAAUGAGAACUCUAUGGUUUCUGAGAUGGUGUCUUCAGUUCCACCAAAGAAGACAGUGGUUGAAGAGUUCUUGAAUUCAGAGAAUGACAAAUCUGAUUAUGAAUGGCUUCUCACUCCACCAGAUGCACCACUUUUCCCUACUUUGGACAAGGAAUCACAAAUUUCAGUAAAGAGUAAAACGGAGACACGCAAUUCUCAUCCAACGGCUUUAAAACCAAGGGUAUCAAAUAUCCAAACAGAACCUAGAAGCAAUGUAGUUUCUAAGAAUCAUGCAGCAAUGACAGGACUAGGUUCUUCCACUAGUAACAGUAAGAGAAUUUCAUUGUCACGAGGUCCAUCUCCAGCUACUUCAAGAUCUUCAACUCCAUCUGGAAGGCCGACAUUACCUUCAAUAACCAAAUCGGCUAGACCCUCUACGCCUACCUCCCGAGUCACGAUAGCUUCUACCAAGUCAACAGCUCCACCGGUGAGAUCAUCAACUCCUACUAGAUCCGCUUCGAGGGCUUCAACGCCUACUUCAAAGCCUUCCGUGACAGCUCCUAAGACAUCUCAAAGAUCAAUAACUCCAAGUAUUCGAUCAUCAACUCCGUCAAGAGCAUUUGGAGUAUCUGCUCCUCCGACUCGACCUUCGUCAGCAUCAAAAGCUCGCCCUGUUGUUGUUGUGAAGAGUCCGGUGCAAUCGCGUGGCAUCUCUCCAGCUGUAAAAUCUAGACCUUGGAAACCCCCGCAAAUUGCUGGAUUUUCUAAUGAAGCUCCUACGAAUUUGAAGACGUCUUUGCCAGAAAGACCAACUUCAGUCACUAGAAAUAGGCCUGGAGUUCCGAAUUCGAGAUCAGCUUCUGUUGAGACAACUGGCAAUGCAAAGUCUAGAAGGAAGUCAAUCACACCUUCGAAUGCCUCAACCAGGCUUCCUCAUAAUAAUCAUAGCUCCAUGCACGCUUUGAGUAGAGCUCGUUUCACCGAUGGUGAUGAAGAAAGUCCUGUUAUAAUCGGGACGAAAAUGGUCGAAAGAGUAGUAAACAUGAGAAAACUUGCACCACCAAAGCAUGACGAUCCUUCUGCUAACAACAAUUCUUAUGGAAAAUGUUCUUCAUCUAGUAGCACUGGAUUUGGAAGCACACUUUCAAAGAAAUCUUUAGAUAUGGCAAUGAGGCAUAUGGACAUAAGGCGAAGUGUUCAGGGUAACAUGCGACCACAUUUGACGAGCAUUCCAGCUGUGUCUACAUACAGUGUAAGAUCAGGAAGUUCAUCAAAGAGCGGGACAGUGAGUUUUUCUGAUUCGCCGCAUGCGACAAGCAGCACCGCUAGCUCUGAACCGAGUGUAAAUAAUAGCUCCAUAUCUUAUGGAAGCGAGAUCGAAGAAAAUGAUGUUUAG